UUUACGGCAACAUGGCGGCCUGCAGGCUGCAGCAGGGGAGGCUCUGACCGUCAGAGUCUGAAACUUCAUCAUGAACACCGGGAAAGACCGCAUGAGACCAACAGGUCGGUAACGGGGGGUGUUGAAUAUGAUAACAAUGUGUAUCCGGGGGUUUUCCGCGCCAAUGUGCCGAAACGCAGCUCAUGUUCGCUGGCUCAUGUGUGCGCGGCGUGCGUAUGCGUGUCGGCUCGAGCCUGCGUCAUGGCGGCACACACCUGUCACCGGGAGGCUGAAACAGUCCCCGGUGAGCUGCUUAUGGCCCCUGGGGGGUUCUGACACUGGGAUACUGCAGCAGGUGAACCCGACACCUUUGCAGGCGCAGGGGAACCGGCUCCUACAUUGGGGAGGUCACGCGAGGUCGGUGGACAGUUUCCGGUCUCUGCUGUCACCUAAAGCUCGGGGGCUCUGCAGCGGGAAGACGGAGGAGACACCGGGCAGAAAGGAGGAGGAGAACCCGGGGGAGGCCAGCCUGGUACCGGGACAUGGACUCUUCAAGUUCAAAGAGCUGUAUGAGAACCCGUGGACGAUCCCAAACUUCCUGUGUGUGUGUCGGAUUAUCCUCGCUCCGUUCCUGGGUCACCUGAUCAUCGAGCAGCACUUCCACCUGAGCCUCGCUCUGUUCACUCUGGCCGGAGCCACGGACCUGCUGGAUGGUUACAUUGCCCGGACGUGGCCGUCUCAGAAGUCGGCGUUGGGCAGCGCUCUCGACCCGCUGGCUGAUAAGAUUCUCAUCAGUUUUUUAUACGUCAGUCUGACCUACGCUGGACUUAUACCUGCUCCACUGACAGCUCUAGUGAUUGCCAGAGACGUUGGUCUGAUAGCUGCCGUCUUCUGGGUUAGAUACAAGACUGUACCUCCACCGGUGACCCUUAGCAAGUUUUUUAAUCCCUGCUACGCCACCGCACAGCUCAAGCCCACACUCUUCAGCAAGGUGAACACAGCCAUCCAGCUUCUCCUGGUUGCAUCUUCUCUUGCUGCUCCUGUCUUCCAGUACACAGACAGUGUGCUGCUGCAGAGCUUAUGGUAUAUAACAGCGGUGACGACGGCGGCGUCGGGCUACAGCUACUGGCACUACGGACGGAAAACUGUCAAAGUGCUGAACACCAGAUCACUCUGAAAAAAUAACAACAUCCAGGAAAAAAAGACUCUGAUCAGACGGACGGACGGAUGAUCGCCAGGAGCUCAGACACCAAGUAACCGUGACAACCCAUUUAUGAGUCGCCAUGACAAUGACAUGCCAUAACCAACCGAGGACGCAGAUGUUUUCCCUGCAACACUACAAACACCCAGUAGCUGCUCUGACACAGGGAUACCAUCCAUCCACACACACACACACACACGUUGAGUAUACUGUAUGUUCAGUGGUCUGGUAAGAGCUUCUAUUUUUUCUUAGUGUUUCAAUCAAGUGGUUGCAACGUCAACAUGAUUGUCAGUUUUGUAAACCAAUGAUUUAUGAUUAAAAAUAAUAAUAAUAAUCA